AUAUUUAAUUUAAUGGUGAAAGUGGAGUAGAUGCUGGAGGUCUAUCAAGAGAGUUUUAUGCAUUAGUAUUUAAAGAUUUAUUAGAUCCAAAAAAAGGGUUUUUCUAGCCUUCUUCUAAUGGCAUCACAAUGCAACCUUCUCCAAACUCAAUAAUAAUAGUAGAUUAUUUGUUACACUUUUAAAUGGCAGGAAGAUUAAUUGCUAAAACACUUAUUGAUGACUUUACUUGUGAAGUUGAUUUUACCAAAUCCUUUUUGAAACAAAUUCUUGGAUAACCGCUUUAUAUUAAUGAUUUGGAAGAUAUUGACCCUUAAAUGGCUAAAGGGUUAAUGGAUAUUCUCUAAAAUAGUGUAGAAGAAUUAUACUUAGAUUUUACUUAUACUAUUAAUUAAUUUGGAGAAUAGAAAGUUAUCGAGUUGAUUCCUAACGGAAGCAAUAUUGAAGUUACGGAAGAAAACAAAAAAAAUUAUGUGAAAGAAUUAGCAUACUUUAGGAUGGUAAAAUAAAUUGAAACUUAAGUUUAAGCAUUUAAAAAAGGCUUUUAUGAAGUUAUUCCCUUAGAAUAUAUAAAAAUAGUUUCUGUAAGAGAAUUAGGUCAUAGAUUAUCAGGAAAUCAUAUUAUUGAUAUUAAUGAUAUGAAAAAAAUAUGGUUUUUAAAGAUGGAUAUAAAUAAGAUUCAGAUUAAAUUAAAUGGUUAUUUGAAAUUUUAGAGGAAUAUGAUUAAGAACAAAGGGCAGGAUUUUUAUUCUUUACUACUGGAUCAUUUAAAGUUCCUUUUGGUGGUUUUUAGAACUUAGAAAUUAUUAUUACUAAAACUAAUAGUGAUAAGUUAUCUUUACCUGUUUCUCAUACUUGUUUUCAAGAAUUAGGUAUUUAAAAAUUACAUGUAUUUUAUAUGAUUUUUUAUUUUAGAGAUACCUUUGUAUCCAAAUAAAGAGAUUAUGAAAAAAAACUUGAUUUUUCUAUUAGUCAAGGAUAAAAAGGAUUUUAUAUAAAAUGAAAUUAUAUUUUAAAUAUUAUUAUAACUUUGUUAUUUUAUU